CGAAAUGUGCGCCGACAGGCAGAUUGUACUACUACACUGCAUCAUGGCGUCGUAAAGUGCUUCCGGUUGAAGCCUCUUCUGUAUAAUUCUCGAUACAAAAUGACUUGCAAACGCAGAAACGGUGGACGUGCCAAGCAUGGCCGUGGCCAUGUAAACCCAGUGCGCUGCACCAACUGUGCUCGUUGCGUUCCCAAGGACAAGGCCAUCAAGAAGUUUGUCAUUCGCAAUAUUGUCGAGGCCGCUGCCGUCAGGGACAUUACGGAGGCCAGCUUCUAUCAAUCGUAUCAGUUGCCGAAAUUGUAUGCUAAACUUCAUUAUUGUGUUUCCUGUGCUAUUCACUCCAAAGUGGUACGGAAUAGGUCCAAGGCAGAUCGUCGUAUAAGAACGCCUCCUGUCCGCAACUUCCCAAGGGAUCUGCGCCAGGGUCAACAGAACAGGAAAUAAUUUUAUAAUGUAAAGUUAAUUUCAAUAUAAAUAAAAAUUUGUAAAAUUAA